UCAGUGGCGAGGCUUAAUUUCAGUAAACAACUUUGGAGAUCGCAGCUCGCCAAAGAAACGAGAGGCAUUCGCGUUCUGGACGAGUAGAUGUGUGAUGUGUCCUUACCUCGGCAGUCGCUGGGAGAAAUGGAAUCCAGCAUUAGUAUAUCAAUGAAUAAUAUUGGAGCUCCGAUCGUUGCGUUUGGAGAAGGAGUCGGGCAGGGGGGGAGCUCUCCUCAAGUGAACCCGGUGAACUGGCGUGAACCCUUCAGUGACCACGGCAAGUACCUGGACGACUCACCUCUGAGGCCGCGGACGAAACCCACCGGGGUCCAGGACCUCAACCUGCAGGAGGUCUACAACGAGAGACACCGGCUGGCUCUGGAGGAACUGGUGUCGGGAGGGCUCGACGACUUUGUGGACUUCCUCGGCAGAGAAAGUAUCCCCAACUUCCUGUCGGACGACGAGAUGCAGCGGAUCAGGAGCGCAGCCGUGCCCCCGCGUCGCGUCUCCCUCCUCGGGGAGGACCAGGCUCUGGAGCGGUCGCUCGGCGGCUCCAUGGACUGUUCCUCCGUCACCUAUUUCCCCGAGGUGUCGGACGUGGAGCCGCCUCUGCUGGAGAUCGGGUGGCCCGGCUUUACCGCCGGCUCGUACCGGGGAGUCACGCGGGCCGUGGCCCACUUCCAGCCCAGCUACGGGGAUUGCAUAUAUAGCUGCAAGGAGGCUGCGAGGCGUAUGAUUAAAAGUGCAAGAGAGGUGAUUGCCAUAGUUACAGACUCUCUGACGGACCUGGAUAUCUUUAAGGAUCUUCAGGAGGCGUGUUCCAAUCGCAAAGUCCCUGUCUACAUCCUGCUUGACCAAUCAUGUGCUCCUGCUUUCCUCAAGAUGUGCAAAAAUAUCAACCUUCGCCUGGAUGACCUCCAGCAAAUGAGGGUGCGAACCAUAACUGGUACAACUUAUUACAUGAGAUCUGGAGCCAGGAUUACUGGAGAGGUUCAUGAGAGGUUCAUGCUGAUUGAUGGAAACAGAGUGGCUACAGGCUCCUACAGGUACAACUGGACCGAUGGCAAACUCAACAGCAGCAACCUAAUCGAGCUUUCUGGGCAGAUAACAGAGAAAUUUGACGAAGAGUUCCGCAUCCUCUACGCCCAGUCUUUACCAAUAAACACUCGAGGACCUCCAAGCGGCACCAACGAGCAUCUCUUGACCAGCACGCCCAGCCGUAAGCCCCUAGAUGUAGAAGUCCAGCCCCUGUGUGGACCGCCCAGUGCCGAUCACCCUAAAACCGGCCCGGCGUCCACCAUCGGGAAGGACUGGACGGAGCGGCACAUCACACAGGAGGAGAUUCUGGCCGGCAGCACCGGGCAGUGUUUUCACGCAGAUCCCCCAACGACCGCCUGCCGCCACGCCGCCACUCAAACGAGCCUGUCAGUGACUGACAGCGACACUCAAACUGACCUCCAGCUCAUGCCGCACCACGACCCGAUCGCACCACCGAGCACAGCGCCGGAGCAGGCCCCCCCUCCCUCCUUUACCCCUCCCAGACAGAGGUCGCCCACCCAGGCGGCUCCGGAUGCCACCUUAAAGGACUCCUUCCACAAGUUGACCAAAGAGCGCCAUCACCACUACUCCACCAUCCGCUGCAAGCUGGAGCACAUUGUGAGUGCCCUGUCCCAGAGGACACAUCUGGCGGACGUCACCAACCUGACGCACCAGCCCGGCGCUCUCAGCGGGCCGAGGGUACACAAAGACUGCGAGCAGGAAGCAGACCCCAGACUGCUUGUUGAGAGUGCAGGCACAUGGCCAAGAGGCAGAUGUGUACUCUAGUACGUCUUCAGGGAUUUCAGAGAUGGAGGGUAGUCGGAGAGGAGCUUGUGCAGGAUUUCUUCUGUGCAAAAUCUAAAGCUGUAUUUGUAUGUCUGUGUUUGUUGUUGAAAAUGGGCUAUAACUGAUUUCGUUGUGCGUCCUUGCUUUGCAGAUUAACCAUUAAUGAUACUUGUUUUUUUAAAGUUCUUUGGGACUUUUUUUAGUUACAAUGCUAGCAUUUUUUGCUAGACUUUUUUGACACACUAUACUAUUUGUUUGUUUCUCACUUAAAAAAAUCUAACCUUUUGCACCAUUAUUUUUAUUUCCGACCUAAGCUUUAAAAAUGUUAAUCAGUUUUGAGAACCACUGGUAUAGUUAUACCAGUUCAACUUUAUUUAGUCAUGUGCCCCCUACGAAGUAUUUCUUUCAGCCAUGUACCCCCUAGACCACAUGUGUCAAACCGGUGCGGCCCCCCGGAUGACCUUGCUAUUGUGAGGAUUACAAAGGUCCCCAUAUAUAGAUUUGUUUUGCUAAGGAAAGGAUCUCCUUCAGGAAAGUCCAGUCCCUUUGCAGAGAGGAUUUGAAACACUUAAGACAACAUUGAAGGAGCGAUGUAAUGUAAAUUGUUAUCAUAUCUCUAUUGUGGAUUAAGUAAGUGAAGAAACUAUGCUGUCCUCAGUUUUGGUCCGGAUACUCAUUUAGGGAAAGAAGCAGAAAAUAAUUUGAAUUGGAUUUACAUAGAUCUGUGCCUACUACGUCAACUACAGACAAAAGAUAUGACAAUUAAAUGCAAAUUUAGAGGGCCAACUUAUGAAUGACAGUCCCUCGGGAAAGGUGAAACACUUUACCAAGGUAUUUAUUAUAGCUCUUUUGUGCAAUGUUUCAGAUUACGACCUCAAAAAAACAUAAUGUGGGUUGUGGAUUACAGUGGCACCUUAUGGCAGAGUUAGCAGUUACACGUUGGAUUCAAACUGAAUCGUGUUUGUGUGCAGCUGAGCGGCUUGUUACGCACGUUAACCUGUUAUUCUUCUACGUUAACAGUGAGGGACGACUAUUGUUCAGAAAUGAAAAAUCUAAAAAAAGAAUCCCUGUAUGAUACUGAACUAUAUCAUCUUGACACACUUAAAAACAUACUACAAAGGGACAUGUUAUGGCUUUUUUAGUUUGCAUACAAUACCAGGACUUAACACACGUUUUGGCAUAUUACAAUAUGCCGUUUUUAAAGGAAUUUGUAUGACAUUUAAUGGCAUACUGUACUAUGACAUUGUUGCUUAGUAUAACUUUUUUUACUACAACUACAGCAUCUACUACUGUUACUGACACUACUGCAGUUAAGACAACAACCAAAUGUGUGUGUGUUGGACUUUUGACCUUAGUUUCCACUGAAGAUGAAUCAAAUCCUUGUACAACACGGAUAGGUGUCAUGGUUUCUGUUAGCUCAUGGCAGCUUUUUGUUGAAAUUGUCCGGAUAAUAAAGCUAAAACUGUUGGUUGAGAAAUACCCUAAAUAAAUAGAUCUUACUCUAACAGGAACCUCUUGCUAACAUGUAUCAUAUAUCAACAUAUAUCAUUCAUCAGCAUGUCGACAACUGUUCACCUGAUCCACUUGGAGGGUAUCAAGGGAGUACCGUGUGACAUUUUGUAUGAUUUGAAGAUGCGACACAAUCGAUUUUGAAUAAACCAACAUCCAGACUGA